GCUCCCCUGGAAAUGGGAGGAAACCAGAAUUGGAAGUGCCCUCCUCCUGGGGGUAGGAGUCAGCUAACAGUCAUCCAGGGUGUGCAGAAAUGCAUCCACUCAGCACCGGAGAGAUCAGAGACAAGUCCAGCGCCUUGCUUGCCUCUUUGCAGGUGGCCAUACUGGGGAAGGCGAAGUAAGGUGAGCUACUUGCUGAGGACAACCAGGCAACACCAUCCCAGCGGUUCCCUCCACCUGCUCUGUGCAUGCCAGCAACUCCGACUGACACAGCUGGGCUCGCCGUUUGGAUUUCUUAGAAUCCCAGCCUCAGAGAGACGCCUUCUAAGGACAAACUGACCUCACAUUGGAACUCUUUCAUCCAGAUCUUGGCAAGCUUUGCUGACUCUGGACUGUUUGUGGCCAUAGUUCUCAGGAAGCAGGAUUGUCUCCUACACCAACAUCUGUCUGUGAGUGCCACUGAGCACCACCCCUGAUAGCCCUGAGGAGCCUGAGCCCCGAGGCUGUUCCUCCUGCCUCCUAAGUGCAUUUUAUAGGUAACAAGAAGCACAGAAACAGUAGAAGCAUCUAGGAGAAGAAUCAAGAGAAAAUCUAAAAUUUUCACUAUUCAAAAAUACCUGUUGUUGGUGGUUGAUUUAGGAAACACUGAGUUCAUUAAGGAGCUUUGUAAUUGUUGGGUCAGGAACACCUUUGCCACGGAAUUUGCAGUGUUUUGUCUUUCUGGCCUAGUUGGGGAGGGGCUGGUAGGUAACUGGGGCAUGAAGGGAAUGCAUUCACAGGCCAUUUUACUGGCAUCUGACUCACCCCUGACUCUCCAGUGAAGCAGAAAGGAGGAACAUUACAUUCCCCAGGUGCGGCUGGACUUUGACCAUUACUGUGAAUCUCCAAGAGCCAUCACAGUCCUUUCCCAGAAACACAUUUAGUCUCGUGGUUUGACUAAGCCUUUUGGCUUAAGUCCAGGCACAUCAUAGAGCAAGCUGUGAAGAGGAGGCAGGAUGAGGCGGGAAGAGGAGGAUGAGGAGGGAAUCAGGAUGAAGGCCAAAGGGGAGUCAGAGAUGAAGGAGGAGGAAGAGAUGAGUGCUACGGGAGAGCUGGUUGGUCCUUUUGCUAGUGCCAUGCCUGCCCCCAUGCCCCACAACAAGGGGACCCGAUUCUCUGAGGCCUGGGAGUAUUUCCACCUUGCCCCUGCUCGUGCAGGGCACCACCCCAACCAAUAUGCCACCUGCCGCCUGUGUGGCAGGCAGGUGAGCCGUGGCCCUGGGGUCAAUGUGGGCACCACGGCCCUGUGGAAACACCUCAAGAGCAUGCACAGAGAGGAGCUGGAGAAGAGCGGCCACGGCCAGGUGGGGCUGCGCCCGGACCUCAGGCCCCAGGGCCCCCCACUCCCUGCGGGCAUCGAGGGUGACUGGGGCAGGCUCCUGGAGCAGGUGGGCACCCUGGCUUUGUGGGCUAGCCAGCGGGAAAAGGAGGUGCUCAGGAGGGAGAGGGCUGUGGAAUGGCGGGAGAGGGCAGUGGAAAGGCGAGAGCGGGCGCUAGAGGAGGUGGAAAGGGCCAUCCUGGAGAUGAGGUGGAAGGUGAGGGCCGAGAAGGAGGCAAGCCAGCCAGGAGGGGAAGGCCUGUCUGCCAUGGCACAUCCCUUCCAUUUUGUUUAAGUCAGGUUGGG